AUGCUCCUGAUAGACACGAUCCACAGGGUGGCGAAGCCAAAAAACCUGCCGGACUCCAUACCGCGUGACGUCCUACUUAGGGCUCACUAUUUUCACAUUAAAGAGCUGGUCCUCCGCUCUCACCGCAGCAGAGGAGGCACACACGUGGAUUUCCCAGCAGUGCGCAUCAUGGCGGACAUAUCAUCAGCCACUCUCCGCUGCAGGAAGGACUACACACAGACCACUACAGCACUCCGCAGCCACGGCAUACGCUACCGGUGGGGCUUCCCCACGAAGCUGAUUCUCUCCAGACAAGGGAAGACGACCGUUAUUUCGUCGCCAGAGGAGGGCAAGCGCUUCUUGGAAAAAUGGGGCCUACUGAAGGAGUCCUCGGAGGAGUUCCGCCUUGUCAACCGCAGCCCAGGCCGCACAACGGACAUGAACUGA